ACAGAUCAGCAGACAAGCGGACGUUUUGUGAAAUAAUAUAGUGAUUUAAUCCGUGUCAAGGAUCAUUAAGAUUAUAUUAGAGGAAAUACAUUGAAAUCUAAAUAACAAAUGACAAGCGUUGCAGUGAUUACUAUCGUCGCGGCACUAAUCGGUAAUGUGAUUUGCGCCCCAGCCGAGGUCAAAGGAAAUGAUAGAGGCGUCGACACCAUCAGGAGCCCGGCUAAUCUCUCUUUCGAAGAAUUAAACUACCUACUGCGAGUUAGAAGUGGCGUUGAUACACCAAAUGUUAAUCCUAUAUAUCUGACACCGUGUGCGAGGGCUAUACUCGGCUGCUGCAAAGAGAACGUAAUGAACGGAGACUGUUCUGAGUCAUUAAACUGCGGCGCUUAUUUUUUCGACGUCAAUCCUUGCGACGUUAAAUAUAUACAAAUGGCUUUGGAAUCAGCGAAAGCGUUCUAUGAACAAUUUGAUAAUCUCAAUACAAACUGAUUGAACUUAAAAUUUAGUAUAAAUAUAAAUCGAAAGACUGCUUAAUUUUUAAGUUAUUUAUUAUUUUAGUUUUAGCUGUAUGUAUGAAUUUAAGAUAAUUAAAAUAAAU